AUGUCACAGCCCAAAACGCUGGAUCCCCGGGCUUCCCGACAGCCCAAUUCCCAGAUCCAGACCCAGGCGCCACCAGUGCCAGCUUCGUACCAGGAGCAGCGCCAGCCUCAGUCUGCGAAUCACCAUACCCCGUCCACAACCCAGCAACAGCCUCUUUCCGAGCCUACCUUGCAAGUUCAGAACAACAAUGUGGAGCGAUCUAUUGCUCGACUGAAGAUUGUGUCCACCCUCCGAUCCAACGAUCUGGAGCGAAUCCAGGCUAUUGCCGAGGGUCCCCACGCCAACACGGAGCUUCGAAACGAUCUGCUCGACAUUGCCGUGCAGGUAUCUGACCUCGAGGUGGUCAAGUUUCUGCUCCAGAAGUACCCCGAUAUUGAUGUCAACGCACAGACUGCGCCUUCCGAUGAGGACACUAUCUACAACAAGACCCCCCUGCAUCUAGCCGCUGAGCAGGGCCGAGACGAGGUGGUCCUGUUUCUGCUGCAGCAGCCCGAGAUCGACGAUACCCUCGUGGACUCGCUGGGACGACAGCCCAUGGAGGUUGCCCGAUACCCCGAGAUUGCAGAGACGAUUCAGACGGAGCGAAACAAGUUUGUGGAAAAGAUCUCCAACGAGAUGAAGGUGGCGUUCGACCGUGGCGAUCUUCAGGGAAUUGACGCUCUGUUGACCAACCCCAGAUCGUCGUCUCUUCUCGACAUUAAUGGCCACAACCCCGAGACUGGAUCCACCGUCCUCCACGACUUUGCACACAGACGAGAUGCUCGAAUGGUCGAGUUCAUCUUAUCGCACGGAGGUGACCCUCUUGUUCGAAACAAGAAUGGCCAGCUCCCCUCAGAUCUGACCAAGGACGAAACCAUUCGACAGUUGCUCCAAAAGUCUACUGCCAAGCAGCAAGUCAUUUCCGAGGCUGAUAUCGCCAACGGACCCCCCAAGCAGUCCAACCCCGCUCCUCAGAUGAAGGGUUUCCUCAAAAAGUGGACCAACUUCACUUCUGGAUACAAGCUGCGUUGGUUUGUGCUUGAGGAUGGUGUUUUGUCCUACUACAAGAAGCAGGACAGCACCGACACUUGUCGAGGCUCUAUCAACAUGAAGAACGCCUACGUACGGCUCGACAAGAGCGAAGAUCUCAAGUUCGAGGUUGGCUCAAAGGUCCAGGGCGGCUAUAAGUUCCACCUCAAGGCCAAGCAUCACGUUGAGACCAACAAGUGGGUUUGGAACAUUAGCAACGCCAUCAGAUGGGCCAAGGACCAGGAAGGUGGCAGCAAGAAGAAAACAAGAUCAGCUGCUACAGCAGGUGGAGCUGCAGGAGGCGCUAACACAGGAGGCGCUGGCAAUGCCAUUCCCAGUGGCGGAGCUUCUCACGGAGCUGCCGCUGGUGCCGCUGCCGGCGGUAUUACUGCCGCUACCAGUGGUAACAAUCUGCCUCCUCCUUCAGGCCCUCCCCCCGCCAUCCCCGCUGCUGCUUCCGAACGACCCAUUUCUGCCUACAGUAACAACCAGCUGUCUCCUUCUGACGUUGUUACUGGAUCUGCUUCUGUGCGAUCUCGAGCUGCCUCCUCUUCAGGUGCUCCCGAUGAAGAGGUCGAUCUUGAGGAGUAUGCUUCUGACGAUGACGAUGACACCAACGACGCUGAGGAUCUCGCACAGAUGGGAGCUCCAAACGACGCUGACUACGCUUUCAUGGGCCGAUCUAUUGGUCUGGAGUUUAAGAUGAUCCGAAACGCUCUGACUAUUCUCCUUCAGUCCAACGACAAGGGCGAGCUGAAUCCUCGAAACCUCGGCCUUGGCCUUAAGGCUCUAGAGGACGGAGUUUCACAGCUUGAGAGGCUCCACCAAGAGUACACCGGAAUGACUCAGACCCGAGAGGUGUACUACCAGCGACGUUUGGCCCGAGAGAUUGACAUUCAGCAUCUCUGGGAGCAGAAUGUCCAGAGCCUGGAGAAGGAGCACGAGAAGAUCCAGCGAGAGCUGCACGAGGCCACCCAACAGAAGAAGAAGGCUCGACGAAGUCUGCGAGAAGCCUACACUUCGUACCAGCGAAACUCUCUUUCUGGCGCUAUGUCUCCUGACCCUUCCAUGCACAACCUUCACGGAGUUGCCGCUGGCUUUGCUUCCCCUCCCUUCCCCGAAGCCCCCGAGUUUUCUGACGAUUCUGAUGAUGAGUUCUUUGAUGCAGAUGAUACUCAGGACAUUCCUGAGAUCCAGGAGCCCGGCUUCGACUUUGAGGAGUCUCAGUCAUCCGCUGGUCCCGGUGUUCGAGGCGCUGCAGUUGGCGGCCUUGCUGGUGGAGCUGUUUCUCGAUCUGCUGCUCCUAACUCUGCUCCCCCCGCAGCUCCUGCUGUUCCCAAGUCCCGAUUCGAUCCUGGCCCUGCUGCAUCUCACGCUGCUUCGGCAGCGCACACUCCUGCUCAGAAUCCCUUUGGUAUUGCUGUCGCACAGGCCGAUGCCUACGAGGCCGUCAACGAUGGUGCUCGAGCUCAGCCUGCCCAGCCUGCCAAGUCUAUCAACGACCCCUCUCCUCUUGCCCAGACUCCUUACACUGAGCAUACUUCUUUCAUGGGUAGUCAGCCCGGACAGUUGCAGCCCGGCCAGUCUCAACGAUUUCCUCACGGUCAGCAGCAGCACGGUCAGCAGCAGCACGGUCAGCAGCAGCACGGUCAGCAGCAGCACGGUCAGCAUGUCCAGCCCAACCAGACCCACGGCCAUUCCCAGAACCCUGCUCAGGCUGCCGCUGUGACUGCCUCCCAGGCCCACAAGUCCCACCAGCCUCUGUCCCAGCCUCCUCUGCACAACCAGCCCGGCCACGCUGCCACUCCUUCUCGAGAUUCGUUUGCCGCUCCUCCUUCAAGAGACUCUCACUACUCUCAGAGCUCUUCUCACUACGGUGAGGGAAGCCGACCUCAGUCCGUGAGACAGGAUAGUCGACCCCAGUCCGUCCGUUCCGUUGCCAGCCAUGAGCGACCUCAUUCCCGAGACCAGCAUGGUCAGCAGGGACAACAGCAGUACGGUCAGCAGCAGCAGUACGGUCAGCAGCAGCAGUACGGUCAGCAGCAGCAUGGUCAACACGGUCCACCAUAUGGACAGGCCCCUCCUGUGCCCCAGGGCCAACCCCAAUCCCACCCCCAGGCCCACCAGGGCCCUCAAGGACAGGCUCCUCCUGUGCCACAGUCUCAAUCUUAUUCCCAGGCUCCCCAGGGUCAGGCUCCUCAAGCCCAAGCCCCUCCCGUUCCUCAGGGUCAGCCUACGCAGGCUCCCCAGGGCCAGCGACCUCCUAUCCCCCAGGCCCAUUCUGGUCAUGGUGUUGGAGGAGCUGCUGCUGGAGCUGCUGCUGGAGCUGUCGGAGCUGGUGCUCUUGGUGCCGGCGCUGCUGCUGGUUCUCGUUCGCAGUCUCAGCAGUCCCUCCCCCUGUCUCAGUCCCAGUCCCAGCCCAAGGCCCAGUCUCAACCUCAGUCUCAACCCCAGCAGAAAAGUGCGCAGCCCAAGUCUGCUCCCAAGAAGGACAUUUCUCUGCCCUUUGGUGUUGGCGAGGUGAAGCUUGAGGUCGAGGAUCAGAAGGAGAAGUGGGAGGAGAUUCUUGACGAGAACUCCUUUGCUGGUUACGAGGACCCCCCUCGAAAGCAGCUCGCUAUUUCUGCUGAUAAUCGACCCAAGGUGUCCCUUUGGGGUAUUCUCAAGAACCUGGUUGGUAAGGAUAUGACCAAGAUGACUCUGCCUGUGUCUUUUAACGAGUGUUCUUCUCUUCUUCAGCGAGUCGCUGAGGAUAUGGAGUAUACUGAUCUGCUGGACAAAGCUCGAACUUUCGACGACUCCACCAAGCGACUGGCUUACGUUGCUGCCUUUGCUGCUUCCGAGUACGCUUCCACCACUCUUCGAGUUGCGAAGCCCUUCAACCCUCUUCUUGGUGAGACUUACGAGUACGCUCGACCCGACAAGAAGUUCCGAUUCUUCAGUGAGCAGGUUUCGCAUCAUCCUCCUAUCGGUGCUUGCCAUGCUGAGUCCCCUUACUGGGACUACAUGGGUGAGAGUAAUGUCAAGUCCAAGUUCACCGGUCGAGCUUUCGAUAUCAACCCUCUUGGUACUCUGUUCCUCAACCUGCGACCUGAUAACGCUCCCCCGGAGUUGUACACAUGGAAGAAGGUCAACACCCAAGUUGUCGGUAUUAUUACCGGAUCUCCUGUCGUCGACAACUAUGGUGAUAUGACCAUCACUAACCACGACACUGGUGACACCUGUACUCUUCAUUUCAAGGCUCGAGGAUGGCGAGGAGCCGGCGCCUUCGAGGUCAAGGGUAACGUUGUGGACAAGAACGGCAACCCUCAGUGGACCGUUGGAGGACACUGGCACGAAAAGUUCUAUCUCAAGAAGCAUGGUUCCGAGUCUAAGGAGGUCAUUUGGGAGGUCAAUCCCCGACCUCCUGCGCCUUUCAACCUUACGCCUUUUGCUAUCACUCUGAAUGCUCUUCCCGAUCGUCUCAAGCCAUGGUUAGCACCGACCGAUACUCGUCUUCGACCAGAUCAGCGAGCCAUGGAAGAGGCUCGAUACGACGAUGCUGCAACGGAAAAGAACCGAGUCGAGGAGAAGCAGCGAGCCGCACGACGAGAGCGGGAGGCUAAGGGUGAGGUGUACAAGCCUCGAUUUUUUGAGGAAGCCAAGCACCCUGUCACUGGCGAGACUUACUACAAGUACAAUGGAGAUUACUGGAAGGAGCGAGGUGAGAAGAAUUUCACUAAUGUGAUGGAUAUUUUUUAA